AUGGGUCCAACAACCCCGGCUGGCUCCUACACGAUUGCUACGCUAGUCACUGGCUGUCAGAUCUGGGUUAGAGUACCCGUAUCUGACAGCGACAGCGAAGACCGCAAGGCUGAUAUUCUCUCUAUACGAUCCAUCGACCCUGAUAACGACUACAUCCAAGUUGACGGUGAUCAGCCCACAAAGGAUUUUUACUUGCACUUUGUUAACUUCAAUAAACGUCUCGAUACCUGGUUAAACGCUAAGCAUGUUCUCUUGGACCGUGAAGUUACCUGGCCUAAACCCCAAAAAGACUCUGCCAGCUCACCUUCUACCCCGAAAUCAACCAACAAAUCCGCUCCCAACAACCCAAGCCUCCUACGAAAAGCUGCUACCAAAGCAGGUAAACUCGCUACUGGUCAUAAGAAGCGUAAGCUCGACAGUUCUAGUGCUACUACUCCAGGUGCUCCACCAGCCACCCCAGGCGCUCCUUCUAAAGAAACUCAUGGUAUCAGCAGCGAUGAAGAUGCUGAUGGUGAUAUGGAACCUGACAGCGAGCCAGGCACUCCACUCGCAAAACCCAACCAGCAACCCACGUCCACUUUCAGCAAAGAGGAGGAGAUUGAGAAACUCCGUACGAGUGGCUCCAUGACACAAAACCCCCAUGAAGUUGCUCGAGUUAAGAAUCUCAACAAGGUCAGCAUAGGCGCUCAUCAAGUAGAGGCUUGGUACUUCUCCCCAUAUCCCGUUGAAUACUCACACAUCCCCACACUUUUCAUCUGCGAAUUCUGCCUUGGUUACUACGCUUCCCCGAAGCAGCUCGAAAGACAUCGCCACAAAUGCACUAUCGUACACCCACCCGGAAAUGAAAUAUACCGUCAUGAAAACAUCUCCUUCUUUGAAAUUGACGGAAGGAAGCAGAAGAGCUGGUGCAGACAUCUCUGUCUACUCAGUAAACUAUUUCUCGAUCACAAAACUCUCUAUUACGACGUCGAUCCGUUUCUAUACUAUAUUAUGACCCAGAAGGAUGAAACAGGCUAUCAUCUCGUUGGUUAUUUCAGCAAGGAGAAGGAGUCCGCAGAGGCAUACAACGUAGCCUGUAUACUAACACUCCCCCAAUUCCAACGAAUGGGUUAUGGCAAAUUGCUCAUUGAGUUUAGCUACGAAUUGACAAAGAGAGAGGGCAAAUUGGGUAGUCCUGAAAAACCACUAAGUGAUCUGGGUUUGCUUGGCUACAGAGCGUAUUGGGGAGAGACUAUUCUAGGAUUGCUGAUGACGAUGGGUGAUGACGAUAUUAGUAUCGAUGAGAUCGCUCAGAAAACGGCGAUCAAUCAUGCCGAUGUCAUGUAUACACUACAAUCACUCUCCCUGUUAAAAACGUUCAAGGGUCAGCAUAUCCUCGCUUUGAAUGAUAACAUAAUAGAAAACUACGAACGCGCGGCGAAGAAAACGAGGAGGCGUAUAGAUGGAUCGAAAUUGGUGUGGAAGCCGCCUGUAUUUACGCGCGAACAGCUGAGAUUUGGGUGGUAG